AUGAGGAACAUCGUUCUUUUCACUCUCCUUUUGAUCUUGUGUGUUUAACCAACCAAUGCUUAUUCUGUCUUUGACUUUGGAUAUAGUGAUUAAGAGAAUGCCAAUCCAACCCAAUUAGUUUAUAAUAUCGCUGCUUACUCCUUUGUAGGGAUAUUACAGUAUUUGCUGGUUAGUGCUAUAUUUGAGUGGAAAAAUCCAAUGCCUAAAAACUAGAAAAGAAUGUAAAAUAUAAAAAGGGAAAUCAAAUAUGGAACAACAUAGAUAUUUUUACAAGUUGCCUACUCAAUGAUUUUCUAUCAUUAUGUCUAUCCCUAUUGCAGUUGGUAUCGUUAUUAUACGAUCAAUCAAUAUGGAUUAUUGAACUUUGCAUACGGAAUGAUCUUUAUGUAUAUUUGGACCACAUUUUUGGGAUAUUGGGUUCAUAGAAUUUUCCACUUCAGAUUUCUCUAUAAAUAUGUUCAUUACAUACACCAUUCAUUCAGAGAACCCACUGCUUUUGGAUUUUGUGCAACACAUCCACUUGAAGGAAUCAGCGAAGUGAACACUGUGUUGCAUUUGGCAGAACUGAUAAUACCCAUACACCCUUUGAUGACUUUGUUUUUCUUUGAGUAUAUCACAGUAAAUGAGAUGAUGGGACACGAUGGAGGUGAAUACGACCAUUCCGAUCAUUACAAACAUCAUCUUUAUUAUGUAGUAAAUUUUGGUGAUACUUUCAUGGAUGAAUUUUUUGGGACAGCAUAUAAUUCAAAAAACUACCCAGUGAAGGCCAAAUGUACUUAUGUAGAUAAUAUCGAGGGUAGAUCAGAGGCUAUAUUUUUGAAAUAUAAAUGAAUGUUUUAAUUAUAUAUAUAUUUUAUUA